AUAGACGACCAUUAUUUGUGGCAGCACAGAACUGUCGCUUCUCACACGACUAAGUCACAGGUGCCCAAAAAGGGCAUCAGUGACGCGCCACCGUUCAGUUAAAUUUAGAGUUUGUGUCAGGGUCCCGUGCGCUGUUGAAUGCAGGUAAAGUCCGGCUUCCAGCCUCGCUGGACCUGCGCUCGAGCGCAGCCUGGUGCUGGUGUGUUGCGCUUUGUUGCUUGGCACGUUCUUAUCUCAAGAAGUAGAGGGCCACACUUCUGUCAAGGAGGGCGGGGCACGUUCGUGGAAACGGGUAGAGCUCAGAGCCAAUGAGCGCCAAAGGGGAGUGUAUAUUCUUAAGUUACUUGAGGAUCGAUGAAGUCGUAGUUCUUGUGCAUGUAAAGCUGGAUCCGUCUGAUCUGAAACUGUUGAGGCUAGUAGAAAAUAGUUUUGCGACAGUGAACAGUCAGUUGAUGUAGCAAAUAGGCAAGCGUUUACGUGGAAUUUGCUAGAGGAAGACUGUCAUAUUUGCAGACUGAGCGUCUCUAACGGUUUAAGGCAAUCUUCCCAAGGGGGCUUCAGACUCGACUCCCACCACCAUCACAAAGAAGAUGGAGAAGCCCCCUUUGCCAAGCGACGACAGUGGGCACGGGCUGGAGGAGAGCCACUCAGACGCGGCCCUGAUGUCUCUGGGGGGGCCGGUGGCGUUGGUGGGGGACGCGGAGGUGGCGGAGGAGGAGGAGCGGCCGGCCUGGGACAGCAAGCUGCAGUACGUCCUGGCACAGGUGGGCUUCAGCGUGGGCCUGGGCAACGUCUGGAGGUUCCCUUACCUGUGCCACCAGAACGGGGGAGGAGCGUUCAUGCUGCUGUAUGUGAUGUUGCUAAUGGUGGUGGGUGUUCCUCUCUUCUUCAUGGAGUUGGCCGCGGGCCAGAGCAUCAGGCAGGGCAGCAUCGGCGUGUGGAAGCACAUCUCUCCUCGCCUGGCUGGCAUCGGCUACUCCAGCUGCAUGGUGUGCUUCUUUGUGGCUCUGUACUAUAAUGUGAUCAUCGCCUGGUCUCUGUUCUACCUGGGGAACUCUUUCCAGUAUCCGCUGCCAUGGGAGCAGUGUCCUGUGGAUCACAGCACCAACUCAACAGUGAAGGAAUGUGCUGGAAGCUCUCCCACCUCCUAUUUCUGGUUCCGUAAGGCGCUGGACAUCGCCGACUCCAUAGACGACUCGGGAGACUUUAACCUGAUCAUGACCGGGUGCCUGCUGGCCGCCUGGGCCAUCGUCUGCCUCGCCAUGAUCAAGGGCAUCAAGUCUUCAGCCAAGGUGAUGUACUUCUCCUCGGUGUUCCCGUACCUCGUCCUCUUCAUCUUCCUCAUCAGAGGCCUCAUGCUGGAUGGAGCCAUGGACGGCAUCAAGUACAUGUUCUACCCCAAGCUGGAGAUCUGGGGCAGUGUGCAGGUGUGGCGUCAGGCCGCGACGCAGGUGUUCUUUGCUCUGGGCCUGGGCUACGGCUCUGUGAUCGCCUACUCCUCCUACAACCCGGUCCACAACAACUGCCACCGUGACGCCAUCAUGGUCUCCAGCAUCAACUUCAUGACCUCCGUGCUGGCCUCGCUCGUGGUCUUCGUGGUGCUGGGCUUCAGGGCCAAGAGCAUAGCCAUCAACUGCGUGGCCAGGAACCUGGGUGUGAUGUCCGAGCUGGCCGCGGCGCCGGGCUCCAACCCGCACUGGUGGCCGUGGUUCAACAUGUCCGAGCCCAGCUCCGUCUCCCUGGACGACUACCGGGACUGGUUCGCGCACUACGGACCCAUCGUAGGGCCCAACGUGACCGACUGCAACCCGGAAAACGAAAUGCAAAAGGGUAUCGAGGGUACAGGCCUGGCCUUCAUUGCCUUCACGGAGGCGAUGGCUCUGUUCCCGGCCAGCCCCUUCUGGUCGGCGCUCUUCUUCCUCAUGCUCCUCAACCUGGGCCUCAGCACCAUGUUCGGCACCAUGCAGGGCAUCCUCACCCCCCUCAUGGACAACUUCGCUUACCUCGGCCGCCACAAGACCAUGCUCACAGUGUGCAGCUGUGCCCUGGGCUUCGUGAUCGGGCUUCUCUUCACUCAGCGCAGUGGCAACUACUUUGUCACCAUGUUUGAUGACUACUCGGCAACGCUGCCCCUCAUCAUCGUGGUGAUAUUCGAGACCGCCAGUGUGGCCUGGGUCUACGGAGCGGACAAGUUCCUGGAUGACAUUGAGGUGAUGCUGAAGUGGAGGCCUCCUAGUAUCUAUAAGUACAUGUGGAAGUACGUGUGUCUGUUCUCCAUGGUGGGCCUGCUGGCUGCCAGCCUGCUGCGCAUGUUCUUCAAGACGCCUACAUACACAGCCUGGAACCAAGGCACGGCGUCUGAGAGUACCCUGGCCUACCCGGGCUGGGCGCUGGCCGUGCUCUCCAUGCUGAUCCUGGCGGCCUCCAUGCCGGUGCCCAUCGGCUACCUGAUCUCCCUCCUGCGCGGCGGCCGGGGCGGCGGCGACUCCGACGCGGACAGCGUGCCCGACGUGCACCGCGAGCGCUACACCAAGUGCGAGUCCUCCGACGGAGACACGCCCAGCACCGUCCCCCACCACCACCACCACCACCACCACCACCAUCCUAACGGCCCCACCAUGAACGACCUGGAUGUCAUGGCCCGCGCAGCCUUCCUCCCGCUGGGCCACGACCACUACAGCCUCCUCCCGCAGCUGGAGGACGGGGAGGAGGAGGAGGAGGAGGACACGGUCGUGUAGAUGAGGGAUCGGAGUGAGUGAUGUGAGUGGGUGGGGAGUUAGUCUGCGAGUGGGCGAGUGGGUGAAUGGGUGAAUUGGUGGGCGCUGGCAGUUAGUGAAUAAAGAGGCUUAUGUCACAACCCUUCCGUUUAGCAGAGGGCAUCAUGGGAUCUAAGAACUGAUCUCUAGAUGAGAUUCGCUUCGCCUGUUCUGGAUUGAACAUCUACACUGUAUUUGGUGUAUUCGAUUUUUUCAGAGAUCAGUGCUACGGUCUUUUAUGCACUUCUGGGAAAGGGAGGUGACUUAGGAAGAGAGAGCGAAAUGAAGGAUUAACGGCGGCUGGUAGACAAACAGGAUAGGACGUGAGAAGCAAAAAGUCCACAUUUCAUUGUGACAGAACAUUUCAUUGUGACAGAAUUUAGGAUUAUUGCUUGGUAUCUAACUGGAUCAUUUGGGAGUUAUUAUCGAGACAUUUCUAACUGAGCUCUCACAGUCCAAUGUUUCAUAUAGUCCUUAAUUUAGCAUAGUGUUAGCGUUUGACACCACACAAAUGCAGAUAAUCUCAAGUGCCUUGCACCUGCCAGGCAUGGCAAAAGGUACAGAAAAAAAGGGGAAAAAACAGUGAGGAGAGCACAGAACAGAGGUCUAUGUAUAUGCUGUAUUAGCCCACCACACUCACCGGUGGAGGCCAAAGAUGUAAAUGUUUUUUAUAAGAAAAAAAUAAUUUCAUGCAUAUGAAUGUAAAAAAAAUGUUACGUUUAGAAGGGGACAUUAAUCUCUUGAUUAUAAACAGCAGCGGGGUUGAUUAUUUAGGUAGUUAGUUGAUGUAGUCAGCAAGUUAGCUACAUACCGUAGCUUUGUAACUAGCUAAAGAGUAUUACAGUACUGCUGUUGUUGGUAGUAAUACCAAGGCUAGCUUGAUGCUAGUGAGUGUUGCUAUAAUAUAGCUGGGAUUUGAUUAACUGAUUCCGUUUUUCUUUUUUUUUCUUUUUUUUUUGUGGUCGGCGAAAGCACAUUGUGUGUUCUUCAGUACUUCAAAGAGCACACCGCAAAAAGCAUGUUGCCUUUCAAAGUUGCUUGUAAUAUUAGCUCCGCACAUGUGGAUGUUUUGGAUUGAAGAUUCGUGUGUGUCUAGACCGUACGGGGAACUCCAGGUAAGUGGUUUAGGGGCUAAUCCCGUUAUGUCCACUGACGGCAAGUGUUAAACUUAACAAUAGAGGAGCCUGGUGUUUAUGAUAUAGUGAGGCAAAAGAAAGGAAGGAGUAGUGUAAGAAAAGUCCAGCAGGUGCAAGAUAAAAAAUACUGUAGGCUACUUAGGGAUAUUGCAGGAAAACAAUUUGGACAUGGCCGUCCAAAGACUGAAUUAAAUACAAAAAGGAGUGAGGACAACGUUUUAUCUUUUGAUCUCCUUCAGACAUCUUUCAAAAGUACAAGAAUAAAUCAAAUGGCCUGCACUGCUGAGGGGAUAGUCACCUUGUUCUCGUCAAUAGACAAUUGGCAAAAAACACACCCAGUCAGAUUAAAAAGCCUGCACAGGUGCCGUGGUGCUCUUCUAUUAUCAGAUUUACGACUUGCUCUGAGUGGACUUUCUCCUAGAUCCCACUUCCUGGGUUACCCCUGACAGUAUAUGCAAUUAUGAAUCCAUAGACCUACAGUAUAUAAAUGGAUGGGUCUUCUUUAAACCAAAGAUCAAUUAUGUCACAACACUAUUUCUGUUUUCAUGCAAAUUCAGGAACUUUAUUGUCAGUGUACAGUAAAGGUCCUGACGUUUGUUGAAGUCUCUUAAGCAAGUGUCACAUAUCGUCUAUCAUCUAGGCCAGGAUUUCCCAAACUGGGGUGCGUGGACCCCUGGGGGUGCGUGGCCUACCGCAAGGGGGUGCACGAGCUGAAUGGAGCAAUGGUGGAUAUGGGUGUUUUUAUACAGCAUUAAUGAAAAAUAAGUAGUUUUUAAUUGUAUGGUGAAUUGUAUGCUUGAGGAUUCUCUAAAUAACCCUGCAUAAUGUGCAAUGGUUUGUGCAGUGAGGCCAUAUUUGAGUGGCCAUAAGUACACCAAAACAUUCGCUUUGGGGGUGCGCGAACCACAUUGAAAUGUACAAGGGGGUGCGCAAGGGAAAAAGUUUGGGAACCACUGGUCUAGGCCUUCCAUACCUGCAUGUCUCACUGUUUCCUGUUUCUUUUGCUGUUCAGUGUGAAACAUUCUCAGUGGCAUACAUGCAAAACCUAUCACAAACACACAGAGACACACACACACGCACGCACACACACACACACACACACACACAC